CAACACGCACUCAUUCAUCCACGAGCGAUGCAGCUUACUUAGUCCACCCCACAGCGGCCACACAUGAGAGCAUCCCUCCAGCAUGGCACCCCCACAUCUCUCCCUCUGCACCUCAUUCUAUUCUACACAUCAGCUAAUGAUGGGCCGACCUGACAGGCAAACGUACAGCCCAAAACACACCGCCGGCAGUGGACAAGCACGCCCAUACCAGGUAGCCAAACCGUACGCACCUGUCGUCUUUCUCUAGGUGUUAAGCCGUUUGAGAGUGAGGAAUCGUCCCAGAUAUCCCCUCCAGCUGAUGUCAUACCGCCCCUCCAGCCCCUCGAUGGUGUCGCGAUGCGUCCGCUCCUCCACCAGCCGCUUGAAGGCAUCGUGGGGCACCGGCUGAAACUUGAGCUCCUUGACGCCUCGGAUCUUGAGCAGCGACUUGACGCACACAAUGCCGAACUCGCCGGCGGCAUCGCCAUCACCCAAAUCCUCAGGCACUGCCGACAAGGACACAUAAAGGGGGACAGCAGGGAGAGUCGAUUGAGGCGAUUGCUUGCAGCUCACCCUCUACACGAAGGUCCAGUACUGUGACGGUCGGCAGCUGAUCCACGAUGUCGCCCCACGUCAGCCCCCCCUCACCCACACCCGUCACCGGCCAGGCCUCGAAACACUCCAACUCCCUCUCCCCACCCACCGCCUGCAGCAUCCCCACUGCGUGCCCCUCUUUCGACUUCCACAGUGCAAUGCGUUUGACCACCGGCAUCUUAGUCACCAGCCUGCGCCCACUCGCGAGCCCCUUGCCGCUGUAGCACCGGAGACGCCAUACAGCGGGGAAUGCGUUGUGAGGCAUGCUGUCGAGCACAAUCGGGUCGGGCUGCUCGUCGUCAUCGUCAGGGUCCCAAUCGUCCUGGUCCGACACUGUCACGGUCGUCGCACUGGGGAAUGUCAGGGAUCGUGCGAGGGCCAUGGCAGCGGGGCUGGGCGCGUCGAGAGCGGUGGUGAGAUGGUGAGGGCGAAGGACACUGUGUGGGCUUUGGCGGCCAUCUGCUGGAUGUGCCUCUGCACGAAGAAUGAGGGCGCGGGGCGGAUGGGGGUGUCGCAGAGGAGCGACAGGUCGAAGAAGGAGGCCCCGGUCUUGAUGUCGACGAUGUCGGAGCUCACACAGACGGCAAGUGUGAAGGCCUCGAUGGCCGCGAGUGUCGCGAAGAUGCUGCUGUUGAUGGAGUAGUCCUCGAGCUCGACGCUGAGCUUCUUGAUGGAGCGGCACCCACGGUCGACGAGGACGGCCUGCACACAGACACACGCAACUCACAAGGAAGCUCUCGCCCUCUCUCUCUGAUUUUGUGUAUCUUGUGUGGUUCGUCGCAUACCUGAAGGCCCUCUAGAUCCUCAGCGCUCGCGCUCACGCUGAGGGUCCCGAUGUCCUCCAGCUGCGCCAGCGGCCCCGGCUGGCCCGGAGCUGCCGCCGGGAUGCGCACCAGCGACCCAGCCAUGGUGUCAGGGUGGCAUUCCACGUGCAGCUCCUUGAGGCGCCGCGACGUGGCCACCAGCCCCCCCAACACCUCACAGUCAUACACCCUCCACAGCCUCCCCUCCACCUGCACCCUCUCGAGCGACGGCAGCUGCCAGUGGCGCCCGCGGCCGGGGUAGGAGAGCUCAUCUUCUGGGAUGAUAAUGGACGUGAGGGAUGUGAGGGUCAGGGGCGGGUCGAGGGGAGCCGUCGACGGCUCUCUCGCAGCUCGGAUAUCGCGGCCCUCGGCCUCGUCGACGAUGAUGGUCGACUCGCACUCGCUUAUGUCGAUGGACUCGAGUGUGCUCCGCCCCUGCCGCCCCACUGCUGUGGCCGCUGCGGCUCUCCGCCCGUCGCUGUGGCCCUCCACCAAUGCCGUGACGAUCUUGUCGAUCACCGGCGACAGAGUGCGGUGGUUAUACGCGUAUGGCCGCCGACCAGGAGUUUCACUUAGGAUCCGAAGGCUCUUCGGGUACUUAGAGACGAUGGACUUGAGCUGUUUGAGCCGCCGGCCCCACUCGAAGGCGUCAGCGAAUGACAGGCCGCACCAGAAGCGCCGCUCGGCCGUGUGGUGGGUGUCCAUGACCAGCUGGGUGAUCUGGCAGCCGACGUGGCGCCACAGCCGCUGGGGCAGCGCCGCCACCAAAUGAAGCGACACGAACGAGAAGACGUAGGCAACGACAACAGGCUGAGUGGACAACACACACCACACAGACACAGAGAGAGCAGACAAUGAGGAUGUGUGUGUCUGCCAGUGGAUUCGUUUGCUGCAUCUUACGACUUGGCUGAAUUGCUGUGCGAAGGCCUCCAGAUCUAUGCUGUGUGUGGCCUGCUGCUGCUGCUGCUGCUGCUGGCCGUCGGUGUCCAUCACGGCCUCCUCGUCUCUGCGGGCGGUGGUGAUAACGCGGAAUUCUAGGGUUUGAGCCCUAACCCUCAGGCUGUUGAAUCGAAAGGGGAAAUGGUGGGCGUGGUGGGCGGCGCCGCUGGAAGACACGCCAGGCGGGCGCUGAGGAUGGUGCUGGCAUGUUUGUCGCAUGAUUGAGGGUUGGCCGAUGUUGACGCAGUUCAUUUCAUGAGAGACCGACUGACUCGGCCUGCCGUUGCGCUAUGAGUUAACGUAUGUCACACACACUUUCAUCCCCAAAGCCAUGCCUAGCAGGCCGGCAGGCAGGCAGGCCCCUGUCUUUCCUCUCCUCCCUCCCUCUCGUCAUAUGAGGCAUCAUCACCGGAUUUGGUGCACACGUGGCCAUGACAGAAUGAAUCGGCCAGCCAACACGCAAGAAUGCAACACUAGCUAUCACCCAGCAGUGAGAAAGUGUAUAUCACGCAGCCAACUAAAGAUCGUGAAAUGAAUGAAUGGAUGGAUGGAUGGAUGGAGACAACACACCAACGUGACAGACACACACGUAUGACAAACCGUGACCCCCCUCAGCCCACAGCGCCUCUAGCCGCUGACGGGCAGUGUCUCUCAAGCGAAAAGCAGCGACCGGCACAUGCUGCCAGCGGCCACAAUGAAACAAAACCUAUGAGCUACAAGUCAGCAGCGGCCCGUCACCUCCC